AUGAGUAGCAAUUCCACCUCACCUCGCUCAGACGGUGACUUGUCUACUUCUGACAAACCAUGUCCUCCUGAUUCCUCCCCGAUCUCACUCACCAGCCUCUACCAUCCUGACCUUCAACGUAUCAUCGACUGGGCGACAUCGCCAUCUUUCGCAACACCGGACUGGGCCGAGUUUCGCCUGGCACCCCUGCAAUUCGAAGAGCUGCAAGGGCUGAAAGGCAAUCGGUCUUCUAUUUGGCGCGACCUGAAGUACGACUACUCUCGUGCGGAUCAAGUACUCUCCCUCCGAACACCGACCAGCAGAGGACACGAAAGCCUUGUCUUGCAACUCGCGGUUAAAAUUCGAGACCUUCUAGCACAAAACUCCAGUGAUGCCGCUCCUUACAAACCUGGGGUUAAUCGGAGAUUGGCUGAUGACUCCCGGCCAUUUUCAGACCACAGUCAGGAUUUUUCUCGGCUGGGUCAGGAGGUUUUCCAGACCGGUCAGAGCGUCGUUGACUGUGGUGAGGAUCUUGUUAAGACUGGCGAGGUCAUUGUUAGUUUGGGGGAGAUUAGUCCUUGCUUUCGUCAGACCAUCGCAGAUUACGGAGAGUGGAUCGCCGACUACGGCCGACGAGUUGCUGCUGACGGUCAAAGAAUGCAGGGCGACGGUCGAAGAGUCGAAGAAGGUGCUUACAGAAUGGCAGAUGCUUCGCGCAGAAUGGGUGAAACCGCACAGAGCAUAGAUGAGUAUUGCCAGAGGGUUGUCGACUUGGAAUCAGCGACAAUCUCCUAUCGGACGGAGAACGGAGAGAGAGUCCAGCGCGACCCCGACGCCCAAUUCGGUCUCGAAGGUCGAUCCAAGCCAACCCUGAUCAUCGAAGUAGCUUGGUCACAAUCCAAGAAGGACCUCGAGAGGAUGGCACUGGAAUACAUCAAAUGCACUCAAGGUGAAAUCCGGGCUGUCGUUGGCCUUGAUGUCGAUUAUGCACAAUGGAAGAGCGCAAGACUCACGGUCUGGAGAGCGGUGGUGAACGAUAAAGAGCUCGUUGGUGUUUCUUCUGAGUCUAUGGUCAUCCGGAGUGAGCGAGGGGUGGAGAACCCGGACCCAAAGGCUGGACUACGGCUCUCGCUGGCAGAUUUCGCAACCCACGAAGACCUGAAACAAUGUCCUUUUCUCGAGAUGAUUCCGAUCUUCAUUGGCGCCAAAGAGAUCUGUGCGAUGAUAGACCAAGCAGAGCAAGAUAACCGAGCCUGGAAAGCCACCGCGGAGUAA